AUGGCGGCGCCCGCCUCCCCCUCAGCGCCGGCCCCGGGCGAGCCCCGCGCCGCAGCCCAAUCAGGAGCGAGAACGGCUCUGAUUGACAGGUGGGCGCGCCGGCGGCCCCCCGGGGAGGAAGCGCCUCCGCCAAUCACAUCGGGGGAGGGCCUCCGGGCCGGCCAAUGGGAGUGGCGGGCGGGCCGCGCCUCUGGGCGAGCUCCACCAAUGGAAAGCUUCGUGGGCGGGCCCUCGCAGCAGAGGGGCCCAAUGGGAGGCGGGCGCGGCGCGCGUGCGCAGUUGGCGCUCGGGCGAGCGGUGCGGCGGCGCCGGGCGGAGGCGGAGGCGGCGAUGGAGCCGGGAUACGGCGCCUCCUAUCCCGUUUUUCCGGCCCAAACCCCUCGGCUCGGGCUGGGGAGGGCCGGGAAGGGCUGCAGGGAAGCGAUUCCAGGCCCUGACCUCUCUCCCUCUCCCCCCCGCAGCUCCUUCCGCUUCGAGUCGUUCGACUCGUACGACUCCCGCUCGUCGCUGGGCGAGCGGGACCUUUACCGGGCCGGCUACUCCGACUACGGCGACGCCGCCGAGCGCGGAGACUCCUUCGGCACCGCCGGCGCCGGCUCCGGCGGCGGCCACUUCGACUCCCGGCGGGAGCAGCCGCGGAGCCGCGGGAACGGCUUCGGGCUCCUGCGGGGCCGGGGGCAGAACCGCGCCCAGAGCCGGGGCCGCCUCGGCGCCUUCGGCCGCCCCGAGGGAUUCCCGCCCUCCUCCAGCUCGGAGCGCCUGUCGGCCCGUUGGAACGAGCUCAACUACCUGGGGGCCGCGCGCGGGAUGGGCGGCGCCGGAGCCAACCGGCUGCCCUCCCUCUUCUCCCAAGCCCUGGUGCCCGAGUACGGUGACUACGGCGACUACGGCGACUACGGGGACUACGGGGACUACGGAGACUACGGGGAUUACGGGGACUACGGAGACUACGGAGACUACGGAAUGAUGGGCAUGGGAAUGGGGCGCUAUGGGAACGCGCCCUACGGGAUGGGCCGGCAGCGCAACAGGGACAGGAUGGGAGCGGCCCCCUGGCACGGGAACACCCUCGCCCCCAAGAGAAGAGGCUUCCGGAGCCGCUCCGGAGGCCGCUCCGACGGGGAAGGGGGUCGGAAGCGGAAACAAUCCCAGAGCGGGGACGAUCCCGAGGCCAAACAGCCCCGGACCGACAGCGAGGGCGACGACUCCGACAAUGCGGACGAGGGAGAAGGAGAGGAAAAAUCCGGGGAUGAAGGUGACAAAGCAUCCGGGGACGGUGGCGAGGACGACGACGAGGAGGUGAAGAAGAAGAGGGAGAAGCAGCGGAGAAGGGAUCGGAUGCGGGAUCGGGCCAUGGACAGGAUCCAGUUCGCCUGUUCCGUCUGCAAAUUCCGGAGUUUUGAGGAGGAGGAGAUCCAGAAGCACCUCCAGAGCAAAUUCCACAAGGAGACCCUUCGCUACAUCGGCACCAAACUGCCCGACAAGACCGUGGAGUUCCUGCAGGAAUACAUCGUCAACAGGAACAAGAAGAUCGAGAAGCGGCGGCAGGAGCUGACGGACAAGGAGGGAACCAAACAGAAACCGGAUCCGUUCAAGGGGAUCGGCCAGGAGCACUUCUUCAAGAGGAUCGAGGCAGCUCAUUGCAUGGCCUGUGACAUGUUGAUCCCGGCCCAGAACCACCUUCUCCAGAGGCACCUGCGAUCCGCCGACCACAACCGGAACCGCAGGAUGGCUGCCGAGCAGUUCAAGAAGACCAGUUUACACGUGGCCAAGAGUGUCCUGAACAACAAACACAUCGUCAAGAUGCUGGAAAAAUACCUCAAGGCGAAGAGGAAAAGAAGCGCCUUUGGCUCCUUGUUGUUCCCUGGGAAUGCGGGAACAGCCCCGGAUCCGGCAGGAGGCCCCGUGCCUGCAGGCAGGGGCAGCAGGUGCCCGCGUGUCCCCCCAGCCCGGGGCAGCGGCCGAGCCCCUUCCCGGCGCACGGCUCGGCUUCGGCCCCACCCCGGCCGGAGCCGGACCCCAAAAACAGGGAAAAACUGCGACUCCAACCUCUGGGGCCAGGGAAAAGGGAUGUUGAGUGCGGAGUUGGCCAGGUAGGAUGGCCCUGUCCUGUUAUCCUGGCA